AUGUCUUCAACAAACACAACGUCUUCAUCAAACACCAUGUGCCAGCGCACCUUAGAUAGAAUCCUUGCGGGAGACUGUUCUCCUGCCCAUUCUACUCUCACAAAUUAUUCUGACGAAAGCGAAUAUCACUUCACCGAGUCGGAACCCAUGCGGAUCAUUGUCAAAGACGGUGUCACCUUCUACAUUCAUGCAGUCUUUCUUAGCACUUCCAAGUACCUUAUCCCCCACUGGAACCCCGAGAUUCUCGACGGCAAAACCCUGGUUCUCUUCCACAUCGAUUCAAUCCUCUUCCGCACCUACGCCAGCUUCUCAACCUGCGAAGGAAAUUUUUCGAUGCCCUUCCUCAGCAGCGGGAGCGAAGCCCAUGACGAGGCGUUCUGGCACCACUGGUGCGCCUGCUACGUCCUCGCCCGCGAGCUCGAGGACACGCGGUUCUGCAACUUCGUGUUCAGAGCCGCGAUUGAGAAGAUGGCCAGGUGCAACGCGCAACCCGAGUGCUUCGGCGAGACAAUAUACAAGAACAGCGAGAAGGGAAGCAACCAUCGGUGUCUGGUCGCGAUGUUGGCGCUGUCGACGUGGAGCUACAGAAAGCUGUCGAAGGCUGUGAAAUACGAGAGCGAGUUCAAGGACGAUUUGCGUGAGCUCGCCAAUGCGGUUAGGAGGAAUCGCGUGGGGAGACGGUCUGUUGCUGAUACUUUGCGUGCGGUUGAUAAGGAGUAUCAUGAGCCGGAAUGA